CGCGUGAGUAUGAGAAUGUCAGCGCCCCCCCUCCCCCUCGCCGGCACGGCUCUAACCAUCCCAUUAAGAGGGGGGCCGCCGCCGCCGCUCCUGUCGGCCUGCAUAGAGAGGUACCGCCCAGCAGAGUACAGUGGCGGAGAGGAGAGGCUGGAGCAGUCCAAGUCCAGCCGCCCAGCAGUCCAGUCGGCGUCCAACUCAGCAGCGAUGUCGCCCAACCUGGCGCUGCCCUACUCGGGGUACUACGCGGGGUUCUCGGGCGCCGUGCCGCACUCGUUCGGCGCGCCCACCGUGCUGUCGCUGUGGACGGGUCUGCAGUGCCUGGCGCUGGUGCCCGGGGGCGGUGGCGUGCCCGGCUCCGUGUGCCACCUGGGCUCCGGGCUCACCCUCACCUCGUCCGACGGUAACGCCAUCGCCGACUCCUUCACCUGCAACAAGCUUCUCAACAAGACGGACCUAGAGGGCGAGCCCACCGUGCGAUUCAGCCUGCCGGACUUGGACCGCGGCUACGCCCUUGUGAUCGUCGACCCGGACAAGCCCGGCCUGCGCUACGGCGAGUUCCAGCUGCUGCAGAUCAAGUCCAACAUCCCGGAAAAGGAGCUUUAUACGGGGAAGGUGGAGUCGGCCGAGAUUGUCACAGCCUGGAUGCCGCCCGCCGUGCCCGCCGCCCCGGAGGGCUCCGUGGGGCCCAACGUACACCGCGUCCAGCUGCUGCUGUUCGAGCAGACCGCCGCCAAGGUGAACCUGACGGCACCCGCCGACCAGAACAUCUUCCACCUCAACAACUGGCUGCACAUGAAGGAGAACGCGGGCCAGCUGUGCGGGCCGGUGGCCGGCCUGCAGGUGCUCGUGCAGCCGUGAGCGGACCGGAUGGAGCCGGCACCGCCGCGACGCGACGACGGAGGCACAAAACGGACAAGAGACAUCAUUACUUACUUUCGCAAUGACUAGAUAAAAGAAAUUCCACAAGUCGACCACUACUAUGUCAGAAUCAGGCUUUAAAAUUAGACUUCAUGGUACAGAAAAAGAAUUUUAAAAGACAAUAAAGUUACCACCGACAUUUAAAA